AUGGGGACAUGGCUGCCUCUGGGUGCCUGGUGCUCCUGGCUGCUGCUCCUCUGUUGUGACUCUCAGGUGCGUGGUGUCCACCCCACGGCGCAGGACCAUCCAGGGUUUGCAGUCUUGGCUUCUGCGUCCCAUUACUGGCCACUGGAGAUGGUGGAUGGCAUCCAGGAGCUUCAGGACACAACAGGAGCGUUGCGAACCCACAACCUCACUGUGCUUCCUUCCCAUAACUCCACCUUUGUGUAUACCAAUGACUCUGCCUACACAAAUUUCUCUGCAACUGUAGACAUCGUGGAGGGAAAGGUCAACAAAGGCAUUUACCUCAAGGAGGAAAAAGGAGUCACGCUCCUGUAUUACGGCCGCUACAAGACUUCCUGCAUUAGUGACCCGGCGCAGUGUGGCCCUGAAGGGGUCACGUUUUCUUUUUUCUGGAAGACACAAGAACAGUCCAGACCAGUCCCUUCCGCAUAUGGGGGCCAGGUCAUCUCCGAUGGCUUCAAAGUUUGCUCCAGCGGUGGCAAAGGCUCCGUGGAACUAUACACACGGGACAACGCCAUGACUUGGGAGGCCACCUUCAGCCCGCCAGGUCCCUACUGGACUCAUGUUCUGUUUACAUGGAAAUCCCAGGAAGGUCUGAAAGUCUAUGUCAAUGGGACCCUAAGCACCUCCGACCCGAGUGGAAAAGUGUCUCAUGCCUACGGGGAGCCCAACGCCAACCUCGUGAUCGGGUCUGAGCAGGACCGGACCAAGCGUUAUGAGAACGGAGCUUUUGACGAGUUCAUAAUCUGGGAACGGGCUCUGACUCCAGAUGAGAUUGCCAUGUACUUCACUGCUGCCGUCGGAAAGCACGUUUUGUUGUCAACACCUCUGAGUCUCUUCAUGACACCCACCGCAAGCCCUGUGAUGCCCACCGAUGCCUAUCACCCCAUCAUAACCAACCUGACGGAAGAGAGAAAAUAUUUCCAGAGCCCCAGAAUUGUACUGAAUUACCUUCAAAACGUGUCCCUCAACUUACCCGAUAAAUCCCUCUCGGAGGCAACAGCCUUGAAUCUUACCGAGACCUUUUUGGAAGCUGUGGGAGAGGUCCUUCUUCUACUACCCAGCUGGACGCAUGUGUCACAGGAUAGCGCCCUGGCGGUAGGCUUGAUCGACACCAUUGACACCGUCAUGGGCCACAUAUCAUCCAACCUGCACACCAGCGAGGCCCCCGUCACCAUCGAGGGCUCCUCUUCUGUGGCAGAGUUCUCCGUGGCCAGAGUCCUGCCUGGGACCCUGAACGCCUCCCACUUCCGCUUCCCAGCACGAGGGCAGAGCUACAUUGAGAUUCCCCACGAGGCCCUGCACAGCCAUGCCUGGACCACCAUCGUGGGCCUCCUCUACCACAGCAUGCAUGGCUAUCUGGGAAACAUCCUGCCGGCCCGCACCAGGAUUGCAGAGGCCGUGCAUUACAAGGACUGCCUGCUGUCCGCUGCCAGCUCCCUGAUUUCCCUCGAGGUAUCCCCGCCACCGACUCUGGCCCAGAACCUGUCGGGCUCGCCUCUGGUCACCAUCCACCUGAGGCACAGACUGACUCGUAAGCAGUACAGCGAGGCCACCAACGAGAGCAACCAGCUGUUCCUGUACUGUGCCUUCCUGGACUUCAGCUCCGGAGAAGGGGUCUGGUCGAACCAGGGCUGUGCACUCGCAGGAGGAAACCUCACCCACUCCAUCUGCCGCUGCACGCACCUCACCAACUUCGCCAUCCUCAUGCAGGUGGUCCCGCUGGAGCUGGCACGUGGACACCAGGUGGCGCUGUCGUCCAUCAGCUACGUGGGCUGCUCCCUGUCGGUGCUCUGCCUGGCCGCCACACUGGUCACCUUCGCCGUGCUGUCCUCCGUGAGCACCAUCAGGAGCCCGCGCUACCACAUCCACGCCAACCUGUCCUCCGCCGUGCUCGUGGCACAGGUCCUGCUGCUCAUCAGCUUCCGCCUGGAGCCGGGCACGACUGGCUGCCGGGUGAUGGCCAUGCUUCUGCACUAUUUCUUCCUGAGCGCCUUCGCCUGGAUGCUGGUGGAAGGGCUGCAUCUCUACAGCAUGGUGAUCAAGGUCUUCGGGUCGGAGGACAGCAAGCACCUCUACUACUACGGGAUGGGAUGGGGACUGCCGCUCCUGAUCUGUAUCGUCACCAUAGCAUCCGCUGUGGACAGCUACGGAAAAAGUCACAACUGCUGGCUGUCCCUGGGGAGUGGUGCCAUCUGGGCCUUCGUCGCCCCUGCCCUGCUGGUUAUUCUGGUCAACGUGGGCAUCCUUGUUGCCGUGACCAGGGUCAUCUCACAGAUCAGCGCUGACAACUACAAGGUCCACGGAGACCCCAGUGCCUUCAAGUUGACUGCCAAAGCCGUGGCUGUGCUGCUGCCCAUCCUGGGCACCUCGUGGGUGUUCGGUGUGCUCGCCGUCAACGACCGUGCCGUGGUCUUCCAGUACAUGUUUGCAAUCCUCAACUCCCUGCAGGGACUUUUCAUCUUCCUCUUCCACUGUCUCCUGAACUCAGAGGUGAGAGCCGCCUUCAAGCACAAAACCAAGGUCUGGUCCCUCACGGGCAGCUCUGCCCGCAGCGUCCACGUGAAGCCCUUCCACUCGGACAUUAUGAAUGGGGCCCUGCCAGGCCCGGCCUCCACCAAGCUCGGUCCCUGGGACAGGAGCAGCCACUCCGCCCACCGCGUGGACCUGUCGGCCGUGUGAGCUGGGGCUGCUGGCAACCCAGCC